GUCGACUUCCGCGCGUUGCAAUGAUACCACCUUUGCCUGGUCAAUACCCUGUAUCGAAGAUACUCCUGAAGGCGGGUUAAGUGGUUAGAUGGUUAUCGCUUCGAAACUGCUUUGCCGCUGUCUCCCAAUCUCCUUGAUUUGUCUCUUCCUGUUUCAGCAAGCUGCUCUGGCUUUUUCUGGAAAGUCAGCGAUCGAUAACGCCAACUUGUCGCUCACUCGCUCUCAUCAUGCUGCUUCAGCAGCUUGCUUAUCGUGAACAAGCGGCAUAUGCCUGAUCGGAUCCCGACUGGUUUCAAGUAUG